UAGUUCUUUUUGCACCGCAGAUGCCGGGGGAGUAGCCAUUUGCUGUUUUUAGCCUGAAAGUUGUGUAACAGAGAACAACACAAAAGCAAAAGGACAGCGUUCCGGGACUCGACGCUCAUUCAGAGCACAUUCACUCUUCAUAUUUGUGGUCUAAUUGUGCUAAAAAUGUUUUCCCUGUCGUCCUUUCAGCCACAACAGAUGAUUGUGCCCCUCAGCCAGCUCAUCAGUGGGCUCCACUCCUUAAAGAACUCAGCCACAGCUUCGGUGCAGACGCUACACAAAGACUUCAGUCCUGAACCCACCUGGCUUCCAAAAGAGCCCAGUGUGAGUCUCCGGGAUCUGGCUCUGUUGGACAUUAGUGGGAGUCAUCUGGAUGAUGUGAUCAGCAGGUUGCUGCCCGAUUUCGGACCAGAGGAACCUCCUGUCGUCCCCUCUGUAUGGAGAACAAGCCAUGUUUCUGCAGACACUUUUUUUCACAACAAACACGGGUUCUCACACAGAAGAUUUGCUUCGUCGAUAUUCCAUAACCGGAGACCUCUUAAAGAACUUUGUUCCGAACUUCAGUUUUUACCCUUGUUGGUCCAGACUCGAGGUUUCAAGACGCAUCGAUUAAAGACCAAACAUAGAGAAUACGGUUACGAUGUGGAACCGGAACCCGAGCGCCCCUUCAUGAAGGCUUUUCUGACGAGAGAAAGGACACCGGAACUGCAGUCCGUGGACCAAUUGAUAAAACAUAAGAAACUUCCGGAGAGCCAACAUGAGGCGUUCAAGUCGGGCUUCUCAGAGGGAUUUAUGCAAUCUCAGGGCAUCGUACAGAGAACACAAGAGGGUUUGAGGAAAAUCAGGCUGAUUGUGUUGGUGUGUUUACUGGUGGCCUUUAUUGGUGUCGCAAGAGCCCCCUUUCUUUCCGGUAGAGGCUCCUUUUCCGAUGCCGUAAGGUUCCGCACCAGCAUUCUGGGUUCAGCUAUCGACCCCACGCAAAUAAACGUGACUUUCGAGCAUGUUAAAGGAGUAGAGGAGGCAAAGAAUGAGCUGCAGGAUGUAGUGGAGUUCCUCAAGAAUCCCCAAAAGUUCACCGUGUUGGGUGGGAAGCUUCCAAAAGGGAUCCUCCUGGUGGGACCGCCCGGCACAGGGAAGACGCUGCUGGCCCGAGCCGUCGCCGGUGAAGCGGAUGUGCCUUUCUACUAUGCAUCCGGGUCUGAGUUUGAUGAGAUGUUUGUGGGUAUUGGCGCCAGCCGCAUUAGGAACCUCUUCAAGGAAGCCAAAAAUAAUGCACCUUGUGUCAUCUUCAUUGAUGAACUGGACAGCGUCGGCGGGAAGAGAAUAGAAUCUCCAAUACAUCCUUACUCCAGACAAACCAUCAACCAGCUACUGGCCGAAAUGGACGGGUUCAAGCCAAAUGAAGGCGUCAUCGUCAUCGGAGCUACUAACUUUGCUGAGGCUCUGGAUAAUGCUCUGGUCCGACCGGGAAGGUUCGACAUGCAGGUGACCGUCCCUCGGCCGGAUGUGAAGGGACGGACGGAGAUCCUCAACUGGUACCUUUCCAAGAUUAAAGUGGACUCUGGGGUCAACGCUGAGAUCAUCGCCCGGGGCACUGUAGGCUUCUCAGGGGCGGAGCUGGAGAACCUAGUCAACCAGGCUGCCUUGAAGGCGGCGGUUGACGGGAAAGAGAGGGUCACCAUGAAAGAUUUGGAAUUCGCUAAAGACAAGAUCCUCAUGGGCCCGGAAAGGCGGAGCGUGGAGAUCGACAAGAAGAACAAGACCAUCACGGCUUACCACGAGUCGGGCCACGCUAUCGUUGCAUACUACACCAAAGACGCUAUGCCCAUUAACAAAGCCACCAUUAUGCCUCGAGGGCCAACGCUGGGCCACGUGUCCCUCCUACCGGAGAACGACCGCUGGAGCGAGACCAGGGCACAACUGCUGGCUCAGAUGGACGUCAGCAUGGGGGGGCGCGUAGCGGAGGAGCUUAUCUUUGGAAAUGACUACAUCACCACAGGUGCGUCCAGCGACUUUGACGGCGCAACCAAAAUAGCUAAUAUGAUGGUCACCAGGUUUGGCAUGAGUGGCAAGCUGGGCGUCAUGACCUACGGAGAUGUGUCCAAACAGAGCCCCGAGACACAAGCCGCCAUCGAACAGGAAGUCAGAUUGUUGCUGAAGGACUCGUACGAACGGGCUAAAAACAUACUGAAGACUUAUAAAAAGGAGCACGAGAAGCUGGCCGAUGCCCUACUCAGAUACGAGACCCUGGAUGCCAAGGAGAUCCAGAUGGUUCUGGAGGGCAAACCGCUGGACCAUUAGCCCCUGAACACUACAUGACUUGUGUACAUAUGAUAAAUCUGGGAUUCAUUUACUGAGUUUAUUUUAUUUUUAUUUUUUUUAAGAAUGUUUAAUUUGGCAGCACAGCGGUGGAGUCGUUACCGCGCAGACCUCACAGCUAGGAGGACCAGGGUUCGAUUCCACCCUCGGCCAUCUCUGUGUGGAGUUUGCAUGUUCUCCCCGUGCAUGCGUGGGUUUUCUACCGGGUAUUCCGGUUUCCUCCCACAUUCUAAAAACAUGCUAGGUUAAUUGGCGACUCCAAAUUGUCCAUAGGUAUGAAUGUGAGUGUGAAUGGUUGUUUGAUUGGCUGGCCACCAGUCUAGGGUGUACCCCACCUCUGGCCCGAAGACAGCUGGGAUGGGCUCCAGCACCCCCUGCGACCUUCGUGAGGAUAAGCGGUAGAAAAUGAAUGAAUGUUUAAUUUGAGUAUAGAUCUUUGAGCUGCAUCAUGAAUAUAAACACCAAUGGUGCUUCUAUUUAUUUAUAAUGGAACCUUCAAGUACCUCAGUAGAACUCAUUUAUCAAUGUUGCAGCUAUUUAUAGACAAGUGUUAUUGCUUUUCUUUUCAAUUAGUCAUCUUAUAAUGUGCUCACCUGCUAAAUGAU